CAAAUUUUGACAUUUGUUCAGCCCGUUCAGCCGGUGAAGUUUGUGAAGUCUUGUGAGAAUUUUUCGCCAUCUUUCAAGUUUCGGUGUUUUUCUUUGACAGCGUCUGAAAAGUGGGAAAAUAUAUCCGCUUGAAUCCAUCGAUCCAGAAGCUGAGCAACUAACUCAAAAUGUCCGCAUUCCCGGGUACAUUUGCAUUCGACGAAUAUGGUCGUCCUUUUAUAAUUUUACGCGAGCAAGAACGCGAAAAGCGUAUCACGGGUAACGAUGCCAUUAAGAGUCACAUCUUAGCAGCGCGUCAAAUUGCGAGCACUCUGAAAACAUCACUCGGUCCUAAGGGUUUGGAUAAGAUUAUGGUCAGUUCUGAUGGCGACGUAACCGUUACCAAUGAUGGUGCAACAAUUAUGAAAUUGAUGGAAGUCGAUCAUGAGAUUGGUAAACUCAUGGUGCAAUUGUCGCAAUCACAGGAUGAUGAGAUUGGUGAUGGCACAACUGGUGUUGUGGUUUUGGCUGGUGCUUUGCUGGAACAAGCUGAAAGUCUCAUUGAUCGUGGCAUUCAUCCCAUUCGUAUUGCUGAUGGUUUCGAAUUGGCUGCUCAAUGCGCUGUGAAGCAGUUGGAAUCAAUUGCCGAACCUUUUCCUAUUGACCGCAACCAUAAGGAACCUCUGGUAAAGAUUGCUAUGACAACGCUUGGCAGUAAGAUUGUAAACAAGUGUCACCUGCAAAUGGCAACCAUGGCCGUGGAUGCCGUUUUGAAUGUAGCCGAUAUUGAGAAGAAGGAUGUCAAUUUUGAGUUGAUCAAAAUUGAGACGAAAGUUGGUGGACGCAUGGAGGACUCGAUGCUUGUGAAGGGUGUUGUAGUCGAUAAGACUAUGAGCCAUGCACAGAUGCCUAAAGUUUUGAAAGAUGUAAAGCUUGCUAUACUUACCUGCCCAUUUGAACCACCAAAGCCAAAGACCAAGCAUAAGUUGGACGUCACUUCAGCUGAAGACUAUCGGGCAUUGCGUGAAUACGAACAGGAGAAAUUCAUACAGAUGGUGAAACAAGUUAAAGAAGCCGGUGCCACUUUGGCUAUUUGCCAAUGGGGUUUCGAUGACGAAGCAAAUCAUUUGUUGUUGCAACACGAGCUGCCUGCUGUGCGUUGGGUUGGUGGACCUGAGAUCGAGUUGAUUGCAAUUGCCACUGGUGGAAGAAUCGUGCCGCGUUUCGAAGAGUUGACUCCAGAAAAACUGGGUACAGCUGGCCUCGUGCGUGAAUUGUCCUUCGGUACUUCUAAAGACAAAAUGUUAGUGAUUGAAGAGUGUAAGAAUUCCAAGGCUGUAACUAUUUUCUUACGCGGUGGUAACGCCAUGAUUAUUGCUGAGGCCAAGCGUUCUAUUCACGAUGCACUUUGUGUUGUGCGUUCGUUGAUCAAGGACAACCGCAUUGUUUAUGGUGGUGGUGCUGCUGAAAUCAGUUGCUCCCUGGCCGUUGCCAAAGAAGCCGAUCAACUGUCCACAUUGGAACAGUACGCUUUCCGUGCCUUCUCAGUGGCCCUUGAGAAUAUACCUCUGGCUUUAGCCGAAAAUAGCGGUUUGCAUCCUAUUGAGACCUUGUCGGAGUUGAAGGCGCGUCAAGUGGCUGAGAAGUGCCCCAGCUUAGGUGUUGAUUGCAUGUUGUCCGGUGAUUCCGAUAUGAAAACUCACAAUGUGGUCGAAUCGCUGCAUUCCAAGAAGCAACAAAUCCUAUUGGCCACACAGCUAGUGAAGAUGAUACUUAAGAUUGAUGAUGUGCGUUCAAAGGAUGCACAACAGUAAAUGUGCAGAAACCUAACAGCAUUAAUACAUAUUCAUACUUAAAUUCAUCGCCUCAUCAUCCUUAAUUGUCAUUAACUGUGCGUCUCUUACUUUUUUUUAAAUAAUAAUCCUCACUAUGAUUCUAUGUUUUAAAAUUCGCGGUAACAUUUACAAUAUUUCUUGUCAUUUGUGCCGCUGAAAACCUUUAAUUUGUUUGCUUAAUUAAUAAAGUACUAAACGAACAAAUUAAAA